AUGUUCAGCAACCGCAAAUUCUCAAUCAACCGGCACACCGGUGUACCCAAGCCCAGACGCUUCAGUGUCGGCGAGAUCGGAGGCAAUGAGGUCCAGUCCAAGACUCACAGACAGUUCCGCAACGCCCACGAGGGCCAUCAACCCCAUGCUGGUCUUGAUGCCAGCCGAGCCUCUACCGGUGUCGUCUGGUGUACCGAGCGCGCCUCUGAGUAUGGCUUCCUUGAGGACCCCGACUCCUGGGCCAACCUGGGUCAGGGUGCCCCCGAGGUCGAAGAUGACAUCGCCGGUUGUUUCCCCCGACCCACCACUAUCGACAUCUCGAUGGCCGGACGCGAGUACGGCCCUACUGCUGGUAUCAAGGAGCUUCGCGAAGCUGUCGCCAACCUCUACAACGUCAUGCAUCGUGAGGGCAAGGACAGCAAGUACACCUGGGAGAACGUCGCAAUUGUCCCCGGUGGUCGCGCCGGCCUGAUUCGGAUCGCCGCCGUUCUUGGCAACUCCUACCUCUCCUUCUUCUUGCCCGAUUACACCGCUUACAAUGAGAUGCUGUCCCUCUUCAAGAACUUCUCUGCCAUUCCUGUUCCCCUGGCCGAGGAGGACGGCUACCACAUCCACCCCGACCGCAUCGCCGAGGAGAUCUCCCGUGGCUCCUCCGUUAUUCUGACUUCGAACCCCCGUAACCCUACCGGUCGUGUCGUGGCCAACCCCGAGCUGGCCGAGAUCCAGGACAUCUGCCGUGGCCGUGCCACCUUUAUCAGCGACGAGUUCUACUCUGGCUACAACUACACAAGCAACUGCGACGGCAACACCAUCUCGGCCGCCGAGAACGUCGAAGAUGUCGACGAAGAUGACGUUCUCAUCAUCGACGGCCUGACGAAGCGCUUCAGACUUCCCGGCUGGCGUAUCGCGUGGAUCCUUGGCCCCAAGGAGUACAUCAAGGCCAUCGGCUCGUGUGGCAGCUACCUUGAUGGUGGUGCCAACCACCCCUUCCAGGAGGCUGCUAUUCCCAUGCUCGACCCCACCCUGGUCAAGGCGGAGAUGGUCUUCCUCCAGAAGCAUUUCCGCGAUAAGCGUGAUUAUGUUGUUCGCAGACUGCGCGAGAUGGGCUUCAUCAUCAAAUACGUUCCUGACUCGACCUUCUACCUCUGGUUGAACCUUGAGGGACUACCCGGCCCGAUCGCCGACGGCCUCAACUUCUUCCAGGCCUGCUUGGAGGAGAAGGUCAUUGUUGUCCCCGGUAUCUUCUUCGACCUGAACCCCUCGAGACGUCGUGACCUCUUCGACAGCCCCUGCCACCACUUUGUGCGUUUCUCGUACGGUCCCAAGAUGGAGACCCUGAAAAAGGGCUGCGACGGCAUCGAACGCGUCGUCAACAAGUUCCGCAAGUCGUCUGAUUAG